AUGCAGAGCGCCUCCAUUUCACUCAUCGCUCCCCUUCUUCCCUCCUCCAUCCGCCGGAGGCCCGCCGCCGGGCUCAACUUGCUCGCUCUCCGCCCAGCAGGACAGCUGCGUUUCAGAGAUGCUCCGUCCCCGUCAUCUUUUGCAUCGGGCUGGCUUCCGAGCCCGAUUGUCUGUUCGAUGAAGCGGAGUGUGUGGUUUUCAGGCCCGGGAUUUGGCGAUUUUGGACCAAGGUCGGGCAGCGCAGUGGUCAGGGCGGCUGCGGAGGAGGACGCUGGUGCGCCGGCGAGCCCUAAAUGGACGGGUCUCGAGGAUGCUUUGGUGCUGGGAACGCUCUUCGUGCUCUGGUUCGCGUUUCACGUUUACUUCAGCAUCUACAACAAGCAGGUUCUCAAAGAUUUUCAUUACCCGCUUACUGUCACUCUUGGUCAAUUUGCUGCUGGGACAGCACUAGUUAUUCUUAUGUGGACGUUGAAUCUCCACAAAAGGCCCAAAAUCAGUGGUGCUCAGUCUCCUACAAUAUGGGUGGUUCUCUCUCUUCUACCUGUCGUUAGUGGAGUUGGUUUGGCAUCCAUGACCGAGGCCUCGUUUAAUUGGUCUGGUUUUUGGAGUGCAAUGGCCUCGAAUUUGGCAAAUCAAUCUCGCAAUGUCCUGAGCAAGAAGUUACUGGUUAAGAAAGAGGAAUUUCUGGAUGACAUUACGCUCUUCUCCAUAAUUACUGUAAUGUCCUUCAUUGUGACAUUGCCUGCUACCCUUAUCGUGGAAGGCGUCAAGUUCACACCAGCGUAUCUCCACGCAGCUGGUGUGAAUAUAAAGCAGAUUUACACGCUGUCACUCUUGACCGGUCUCUGCUUCCACGCAUACCAGCAGGUAUUCGAGUAUUCAUUUCCAAUAAAAACCUCCGGUCGCAAGUCGAUACUUUCUAAUAUAGGAGAUAUCCGAACGCACUGUAAACUAAUGAUACUCGUUAUGAAGCUUUUCUUGCUGAUAAGGAGAUAUCCGAAUGCACUAAAAUUAAUGCUACUUGUAUAUGAAGAUUUUCUUGCUGAUAAGGUCGCGUACAUGUUAUUGCAACGUGUAUCUCCUGUUACUCAUUCUGUAGCCAACUGUGCGAAGCGUGUGGUGAUUAUUGUGUCUGCUGUUCUCUUCUUCAGGACUCCAGUUUCAAUGAUCAACUGUCUAGGUACCGGAGUAGCCCUUGUCGGGGUGUUCUUGUACUCGAGAGCAAAUCGUGUUAAGCUGAAGUCAAAUACUGCUUGAGACCAUUGUUUUGCAAGCUUUUAGAAGUGCUUGAGACAGAACAUGUUUCUCUGUCAGGUGAAAUCUGAAGAAAAAUUGAAUUUUCAACUGUGAAUGGGGGAAAAAUUAUUCAAAUUUCUACUUGGUUACGUAUAUAGUUUUUUUCUCAUAAACAUACAUAUGUGUUUGUAUGUGCCACUAAAGACAACAAUUUGGUGGUUCAUUAGUCCUUGUUGAGGGUACACCUAAUUGCACUUAAAUCUUUUCUUCA